UGCCUAUUGUGUAAUUUACUCUGAUAUUUACCUAUUUACCACUUCAGAUGCUCGUCACACACUGUGCGUUAAGUGUGUUGCUAUGAGACUGACAUCAGCGUUUCCCAUCAGCCCCUUCUGCCCCCCCCCACACACAUUUACAUACUCAGUAAAUAUGUUUAUCACUGAAAAAAUACACAUCUACACACUCCCCAAUCGUGCUCUCAUGAACACACAAUGAAAACACACACACACACACAGAGUGUACAUGUAAAUGCUGCAGUGUGUGUGUGUGUGUGUGUGAAUGUGUGUGUGUGUGUGUGUGACGCAUGCUCCGCUGAACUCCCCUCCCCCUCUGCUCCGCAGCCGCAUCGAAACACUCAGACAAACACACGGCCGGAGAGACAAGAAACUAACGUGAAACACAGGAGAGACAAGGAUGAGAGACACGAAACCGCAGCCGAUACUGUCUCUAGCAUGAACCAUGACAGACUGGAUGGAGCGAGAGAUAGACAGCUAGAGGAGAGGGGUGGGGUGAGCGCAGACAGACAGAGAGAGAGAGAGAGACAGGAGGGAUAUGGCCCUCUUACACAUGUCUGCAUUCAACCUGCACACCCUGGACUGAAGACCAUGCUGGAUAAAAGCGAAGUGUCCACUCUCAGUCUACCGCCCUCCGUGAGCCAUGGGGGGUCAGACGGGAACAUCAGCGUGGAGGCGGGGUCAGACGGGGCAGGCGGCGAGGUCCAGAGAACAAGAGUGGCGCUGGAACACCUCCAGCAGAAGAUCCUGAAGAUCACCGAACAGAUCCGUGUGGAACAGGAAGCCCGUGACGAUAAUGUGGCUGAGUAUCUUAAACUGGCCAAUAAUGCGGACAAACAGCAGGCGUCGCGCAUCAAACACGUGUUUGAGAAGAAGAACCAGAAGUCUGCACAGACUAUUGCACACUUGUACAAGAAGCUUGAGCACUACCACAAGAAGCUCAAAGAGAUCGAGCAGAAUGGUCCUGCGCGGCAACCCAAAGACGUCUUCAGGGACAUGCAGCAGGGGCUGAAGGACGUACGUGCCAAUAUGCGAGCGGGAAUCAGUGGUUUCGGAGGUGGAGUAGUGGAAGGAGUCAAGGGUGGAGUCUCAGCGCUCACGCACACCGCCGUCGUCUCGAAACCCCGAGAGUUCGCUAGUCUCAUCCGCAACAAGUUCGGCAGUGCCGACAACAUCGCCCACAUGAAGGACUCUCUGGAGGAUGGGCACACGGAGGAGACGCCCAGAGCUCUGAGUGGCAGUGCCACGCUGGUCUCCAGCCCCAAAUACGGCAGCGAUGACGAGUGCUCCAGCGCUACUUCUGGGUCACCGGGUGGAAGCAACUCCGGCGGGGCGGGAGCAACAAUAGGCAGCCCGCGACUGGACGGACAUCACCACCACCAUCAUCACCACCACCAGUCCUCGUCCUCCUCUUGGGAUGCCCUGCUGGAAGGCCUCCAGGAGAUCAAAGUCAGUCAGGUGCACAUGGAGGACGCCAUCGAGGACAUGAAAGCGCAGCUGCAGAGCGACUACAGCUACAUGACCCAGUGCCUGCAGGAGGAGCGAUACAGAUACGAGCGUCUGGAAGAGCAACUCAAUGACUUGACGGAGCUCCAUCAGAACGAGAUGAGCAAUCUGAAGCAGGAGCUGGCCAGCAUGGAGGAGAAGGUGGCGUACCAGUCGUACGAGAGUGCACGGGACAUCCAGGAAGCAGUGGAGUCGUGCCUCACCCGCAUCACCAAACUGGAGCUGCAGCAGCAACAGCAGCAGGUGGUGCAGCUGGAGGGAGUGGAGAACGCUAAUGCCCGAGCCCUGCUGGGGAAACUCAUCAACGUCAUCCUGGCCCUGAUGGCGGUACUGCUGGUGUUUGUCUCCACCAUAGCCAACUUUAUCACGCCCCUCAUGAAGACACGCACCCGGGUCGGCGCCACCCUCGCCCUCGCGCUCUUCCUGGUCACACUGUGGAAACACUGGGAUUGGCUGGAGCUCUGCCUGCUGCCCAGCUGAAGAACAUGAACAAAAUACAUGUUCAGAACUGUGACACAUCCUCCCAUCAUACCAGAAGUGGGAGAGAUCUUGGCCCUGUCCCAAAUCACACCCUAAACCCUCACGGCUCCCUUUGAGUCCACACUUUUGUGAUGUAAUGCCACUUUGACUGUUUGGUAGAAGUCUGCAGUGGAGCUCGUCCCAGUGCGAACUCAGCAAAAGUGUGCAUUGAAGGGAACAUGGGGGCGUUGCACCCUUCUGAAAGCUAAAACGAUGAAUGGGACAUACUACAGUCUCGUGGACUUAAUGGACACAUGUGCAUGUGGCGGCGAUUGUAAGUCCGCGACACCAUAAGUGCAAAUGAAAUGUGCCAUUUGGGACAGGGCCCUUAAAGGAUGAAUAAGAAAGAUCCAUCCAUGGAGAUGCGGCCUGAAGAUGGUGCUGUCUGAAUCCCAAGCCUGGUUGACAUGGCUCUGCAUUUCCUUUCUUUUCCUUUUGAAUGGGUUUCUUUCCUUUUUUUAGACCACUGGGGUACUUUUUACUUUAACUAAUGAAUGUUAAAACUGGUUCUUUGUGCAGACACAAGAAAUUAGUCCAGAGAAUGGUGUUCU